AUGAACGACAACAACAGCAAAAAAAACUUCGCAAGCAAAUCAUGCGUACCCGACAUGUUACCGUCCGAUUACUGCGCACUGCCACGACAAAGUGCGAGUCUGGUGCCAUCUCCCACCGCGUGCGAGGGGCGUUCUGGCGAUUACAUGGGGCCGUGGCAUGGUAGAGGCUGCUCAGGCGGCGACUCGAGGCGGCCAGGACAGUGGCACAGGAUGCAAGACGACAAGUACAUACGCAGGCCCCGCCGCCGCAACCAGGACGGGACCGCGCCGCGGACUGCCCCCUGUGUGGUAUAG